AAGCAUGUGCUGUGUAUCAUCAGACUGGUUAAACGACAGAUCGGUCCAGACAUAUUUUCCUUUUCUUUUGACCAAAGCAGAUCAACAAACAUAGACAUGAAUCACUUAACUGUUGUGACUGAGGAUGCUUUUGCCAGUUUGCUUGAACUUGCUGCAAACAAUGACGUUGAGCGAUUUAAACAAUCAAUUGAGCGCGAGCCUUCUGGUGUUGAUGAAAUUGGACAAUGGUAUGGCCGUCAGAAGGGCUCAAAACAGAUGGUCCUUGAGUAUAGAACUCCCUUAAUGGUAGCUGCUACAUAUGGUAGUAUUGAUGUAAUGAAGCUUAUUCUUUCUCUAUCAGACUCUGAUGUGAAUCGAUUCUGUGGUCUUGAUAAAAGUACUGCACUUCAUUGUGCUGCAUCUGGUGGAUCUGUCAAUGCUGUUGAUGUGGUGAAACUGCUUUUACUAGUGGGUGCUGAUCCUAAUUCACUUGAUGCCAAUGGUCAUCGGCCUGUUGAUGUACUUGUUGUUCCUCCAAAGCUUCAGGAUGUCAAGGCUACCCUUGAAGAACUCCUUGCAACCAAUGGUUCUUCUGUUGAGCGGAACCUGAGCAUUUCAACUGUAACCUCAAAUUCAAAUUCAUCACCGCUUUCAUCUUCUCCAGAGAAUGGAUCUUCGUCUUCUGAUUCAGAUUCACCUUCUUCUCCGAUGAAUGUGAAGUUAAAUGACCUCCCUAUUUCUUGUGCAUCAGAGAAGAAAGAAUAUCCUGUUGACCCAUCUCUCCCUGAUAUCAAGAAUAGCAUCUAUGCAACAGAUGAAUUUCGAAUGUUCUCAUUCAAGGUUCGACCUUGUUCUCGUGCCUACUCCCAUGAUUGGACCGAGUGCCCUUUUGUUCAUCCAGGUGAAAAUGCUCGAAGAAGGGACCCAAGAAAAUUCCACUACAGCUGUGUCCCUUGUCCUGAUUUCCGAAAGGGAGCUUGCAGGCGUGGUGAUAUGUGUGAGUAUGCUCAUGGAGUUUUUGAGUGCUGGCUCCAUCCAGCUCAGUAUAGGACAAGGCUCUGCAAGGAUGGUACAAAUUGCAAUCGAAGAGUCUGCUUCUUUGCUCAUACAACUGAAGAACUCCGGCCAUUGUAUAUGUCAACUGGUUCUGCUGUUCCUUCUCCUCGCCCAAGUUCUUCCACGGCUGCUGCUAUGGAUUUUGCUGCAGCCAUGAACCUCAUACCUGGCUCUCCUUCAUCUGUCUCUGUCAUGUCUCCUUCGCCGUUCACCCCCCCAUUGUCUCCAUCAGCCAAUGGUGUUUCACACUCAUCCAUGGGUUGGGCCCAACCAAAUGUUCCAACCUUGCAUCUCCCUGGUAGCAAUCUUCAGUCCAGCCGCUUGAGAUCAUCCCUUAAUGCAAGGGACAUCCCAGCUGAAGACAUCAAUUUGAUGCUGGAUUUUGAUAUACAGCAACAUCAACUGCUAAACGAACUGUCUUGCCUCUCUCAACCAUGUGUUAACUCUAAUUCUUUGAACCGUUCUGGACGGUCAAAAACCCUAACCCCCUCAAACCUUGAUGAGCUCUUUUCAGCUGAGAGCUCAUCUCCUCGGUACUCUGAUCAAGCAUUGGCAUCUGCUGUUUACUCCCCAACACAUAAAUCAGCGGUUCUAAAUCAAUUUCAGCAGCAGCAGAGCAUGUUAUCGCCAAUCAACACAAAUUUUUCCCCUAAAAAUGUUGACCAUCCUUUGUUGCAGGCCUCCUUUGCUUCCUCGGGGAGGAUGUCCCCGCGAAGUAUGGAACCUAUCUCACCAAUGAGCUCUCGGGCCUCUAUGUUUGCUCAACGUGAGAAGCAGCAACAACAACAGUUUCGUAGCCUGAGCUCUCGGGACCUUGGCUCUAACUCCUCUGCCAUUGUUGGUUCACCCAUAAAUUCCUGGUCAAAAUGGGGAUCCUCCAACGUUAAGCCAGACUGGGCAAUGAAUGCAAAUGAGUUGGGUGGGCACAGAAGAUCAAAUUCAUUUGAGCUUGGGAACAAUGGAGAAGAGCCUGAUCUAUCAUGGGUUCAAUCACUCGUCAAAGAAUCUCCUACGGAGACCAAAGAGAAGGCGGCGGCAACACCUGCGUUGGACACUGCUGAGGCUUCAUCAUCCAGUGAUGGUUCCAAUUUGAAUUCUCAAAUUGAAUCAAUCGACCAUGCUGUUCUUGGGGCAUGGCUUGAGCAGAUGCAGCUCGAUCAGCUCGUGGCUCAGUAAACUAAAAUGCAUGUUUACUGAGUCCCUCAGCCAGUGAACUAUAUAAAGGUUUCGGUACAUAACUUGUUCUUUUUUGGGUUUUAUUGGUGGUGGAUGUUGGGAGCAGAAGGUACCAGAAACGAAAGAGGAAGGCAGAGGGGGGAAAGAAGGGAAGUUAAAAAAUUCAGAAAGGAAAUUCAUUUUCACCAUUUAUUGUUACUACAGAAGUCAGAAAGGGUGAGAAAAAACCUCUGGGUAUAUUCAAAAAAUGGAGCCCAAUUAAGGUGUUUCUCCCACAAUAUUUAAACAUUUAGGUCUCUCUUAUCAACAAUUUUUUUGCUUCUAUGUUGAUCAGCUACAUGUUUCAUUGGAAUGAAACCGUAGACUUGUGUCUAUUGGGUUGAUUUCCUUGAAUUCAUUAUUAUCUUUGGGAAAAAUGGAGUAGGGUGAUGGAGUUUCUCUUGAAGAGUCUGUAAUGGUGUGGUCCGUUCCAAUUUUUUUAAGAAAAGGGAAAGGAAGAUACAUUUGAGACGAGUACUAUUGAUGAUAUUGUAAUUUUGAGUCAAUAAUUUUGGGUGCCAUAAACUGUGGAAGGAGGAAGGAUAGGAAGUGGGAGAUACAAUGUUCCCCCAAUGAUGUACCGUUUUAUUAAAGUUCACUGCUGUGAUCAUCCAAUUACCCUUGGCUCUAAUGGUAUUGUUUAUAAUGAAAGGCAUCUUUUUUUAUGCGUA